CAUCUGGCCUCUUGGUAUACCCUAUCUGGAUCUCCAACUCCAAACGGGAUGGUUCAAAGUCAACGUUACAGUCAAAGUCAAACUCAUCUGUAUUCCCAAGAGUAGACUGCUACAUCCCACAUUUCAAGAGGAGGUGUUUUUUCCGCCAUUGCAACCAGCUGAUCGAGGUCAGUCAUCUCAUCGCAGAUUAAAGACCGUCAGAGAUGUUAGGAUUACCGAAAAUCCAUUUUAUCAUUCUUCUAUUAAUCGUCCUUGGAAACCAAGUAGAAUCAGAUGCCUCUAAUCAUCGUUACAGUAAUGGAGAUAUAGUCCCCUUUUAUGUCAACAAAGUUGGCCCAUAUUCUAAUCCUAGUGAAACUUAUGCUUUUUAUGAUCUUCCCUUUUGUUCACCAGAUACCUUAGCCGAGAAGAAGCUUAAUCUAGGUGAGAUGCUAAACGGUGAUCGUCUUAUUUCAGCUCCAUAUAAACUCAAAUUUCUUGAUGAAAAAGAUUUUGAAGUGUUAUGCAAUAAGACGUUAAGCAAAAAAGAUGUUUCUCAGUUCAGGAGUGUGAUAGAAAAGGAUUACUUUAUACAGCUGUAUUAUGACGACUUGCCUAUUUGGGGUUUCAUUGGAACUACGGAAAGGGAUUAUACAGAUGCAAAGAUCAGGAACCAAUACUUCUUGUUCAAGCAUUUUGAGUUUGAAGUUUAUUACAAUAAGGAUCGUGUAAUAGAGGUCCGUUUACUAAUGCAUCAUAAUUAUUUGGCAAACGUUACAGAGGACAAGGAAGUUGUUGUGGACUUUAGGUACUCUGUUAAGUGGUUGGUAACACAACAAUCUUUUGAUAAAAGAAUGGAUAAAGACAUCGGUUCUACCUUUAUACCAGACCACAUUAUACAUCGUGCCUCGAUUGCAAACUCAUUUGUCACACUCCUCAUUCUGAUCAUCUGCGUGCUGACAUUUUACGUGCUAGUCCUCCGCAAAGACAUUUCCAAGUACUCUAACGAUGUGGAAGAGAAUCAAGUGGCAGACAAUCAAGAAGAGACGGGAUGGAAGAACAUCCAUGGUGAUGUAUUUAGAUUCCCAAAACAUAAGUCCUUAUUUGCCGCCGCUCUUGGUUCCGGCAGCCAGUUACUUGUACUCAUUGUGUCGAUGCUUGUUCUGGGUCUCCUAGGCUUUUUUCCUCCGUAUCUUCGAGGAGCAUUCUGGAAUGCACUUGUCAUUGUAUAUGCAGUUACUAAUGUGGUCGCAGGAUAUACAUCUGUUUCUUUUUAUUCUCAACUCGAAGGAACCACCUGGAUGAAUAACCUAUUGGCGACAGGAGGGUUAUAUUUCGGGCCUCUGUUUCUCGCAUUUUGUUUUCUAAAUAGUGUUGCCAUCUCUUAUGGAACAACCGUUGCACUGCCAUUGGCGGCGACUGUCGUAUUGUCUCUUAUAUUGGUGUUUAUAGCAUCACCGUUGCUUCUCCUAGGAGGGUUUGUUGGGAAACAUAUGACGCCUGAUUUCCAAGCUCCUUGCAGAACCACUAAAUGUCCUAAAGAGGUUCCUCGGCAACGUUGGUACAGGGGCCUGGUCCCUCAGAUGGUCCUAGCAGGAUUUCUGCCAUUUAGUGUCAUAUAUGUCCAGCUUUACUACAUAUUUGCAACUGUUUGGGGCUAUCGCAUUUACACACUUUACAGCAUUCUCUUGGUAGUAUUCGUUCUGCUUUUGAUCAUAACUGCGUUAAUGUCAAUAGUGCUGACAUACUUUCAGCUUGCUGCUGAAGAUCAUGAAUGGUGGUGGAGGUCAUUUUUCUGUGGUGGAUCUACAGGAUUGUUUAUAUAUGGUUAUUGCAUCUUUUAUUAUUUCUUCAGAUCAGACAUGAAUGGUUUCAUGCAAAUCUCAUAUUUCUUUGGCUACAUGGCUUGUGUCUCCUAUGGCAUCUUCCUUGUACUUGGAACUGUGGGUUUUCGUGCAUCAUUGCUCUUUGUUCGUUAUCUGUAUGCAGCAAUAAAAUGCGAUUAGCAGGUAAGUCACCAUCUCAUUAGAAACCCCUUCAUCACGUAUUCAAAUGAACCCAUCAUUAGCGGGUACCAUUGUUCCAUCAGAUUCAACUGAUGAUAACUGAAAAGUGGGUCUAGAUUGACAGAAGCAAUAAAUCAAAGACAGAAAGCUCGUAACGAUGUAAUUUACUUUUAUGCACAAAUACAUUUGCUGCACGUUUCCUUUUGAUUCUUUUGCAAAUUUGUAAGUAUGCAUAGUUCACAAACAUGUAACUACAAAUUUGUGUGGAGUUAAAGUUAUUCGACUAAAAAUUGUGAAUA